GCGCGGAGCCAGGCCGAAAAAGAAGCUGCGAAAAACAAAGUAUUCAAGUACAAACAACUUAUGGAGCUGGCCUUGCAGCAGCGACAGGAAAUGAGACAUUGUAAGGAGGCGUUGGUAACCGGAGAGGCCCUGGAUAACGACUUGGUAUUGUCAUCACAGUUGCUCAGAAUAAAUCCAGACGUAUACACGUUAUGGAAUCACCGGAAAGAGAUGAUCGUGGCAUCUGGGGUCCUUCGGCAAGAGGCAGAGGGUGGAGAGACAGAGAAAGAAGAGUGUGAAAGCGAAAGGGAGGGAGGCAAAGCGCCUCUACCCCCGGGGUCAUUUUUACAAACGGAACUCGAUCUAGUGAUCGAUUGUAUUCGCAAGAAUCCAAAGUCAUAUGGUGCCUGGCACCAUCGCCG